GAUAAGGACUGAUAUGUGGCGGAGCGGGUUUGUUUGCGGUGACCUGGUGUUGGUUCGCUGUCUGUUGGAGAAAUACAUUCCUGAAAUAAUGGUGUCCCUCACGAGCUCACGCUGAAGACUUUAUUACGGACAGAGAUGGCAGAUAACAAGAACUCCAAGGAACUGGAAGGUCUUCUGAAAACAUAUGUUGACGAAUUACUGGAGCUGUGUCGUGUCUGUGACAUAACACCAGAGAGCGGCUUCACUAAGAAAAGGCAGACAAUUAAAAAAACAGCAAAAUCGCUGAUGAAUUCCUCUGAUUUCUCAACAAUAUACAGCAUCAUCCAGUCAGGAAUAAAAUCAAUCCACAAUACAAAGCAAGCAUUGAAAAAGGAUUUAUGUCCUGUUCAGCCGUGUGCCUCGAGCGUGUCUGUACCGCGCAUAAUGGAUGUCAUCAGACCGGAAGACCUUUCAGAACUCAUCAAGCACCGCAAAGAAAUGACAAGAAUAUGUUCAGAAGAUUUAAGAGAAUAUCUUGACAUUAUUCUUAAAGAGUUGGAAAAAAUCAUACCUGAUGAUGAUCAAUCACAAGAUACUGAUUGUGUUGAACUCGCCUUCAGUUGUGAGACCUGUUCAGAGUUUGAAGAUUCAUGUGAAUGGAAACUGACUGACCCCGGGGAGAUGUCAGAUGAUGUCCAGAUGAAGUACAGAAUGAAGCUUGCAUCAGGCUGUUAUGAGUGCAGGAGAACUGGUCUUCGUGUUGAAUGUUCUGGUGACGUCGAGCUGGAAUAUCACACGUGUGACUGGGAAUCUGUGAGUGAUGAUCUACAUCAAGGGAAUUUAACACCCUGCGGCCCUUUGAUUGACAUCAAGGUCAUCUCAGGAGAACUGAAGACAGUCCAUCUACCUCACUUUCUCUGUUUAGGUGGCGGUAACGUCGAGGAUGCAGUCCAAGUUCUUCACGCUGAGGACAGUGCGGUUUCAUUCGAGAAGUGCGUGUUGACUCGAUUCCACGCUAAACUUUUAGACAACACAUUUUCAGCAAAAGGUCUUGUGAUGAGGAUUAUCCACCUUCUUGUGAAACUUCACUGUAAAACGCUGAUCUAUCAGACUGUCAAAACUCACCUGACCCUUCACGUCUACCUGAUUCCAGAUGAUAGACACAUGAGUAAGGCUGUUAAUGAAGAGGAGCGUGGAAGUACCUUCAUCAAAAAGCCGGGACCUGUGCGCUCACUUCAGAUGAAUGACUGGUUUACACUCAAAACGCUGAGGAAAGGGAAGAAAUCUGAACGUCGUUCUGAUAUCACACCCGAGAUAUUACAGCUCAAACACAAUCUGGAGUUCUUUGAAAUAUUCAUUAAAUCUCCAAAAGAGGAAUUCUCCCUGCAGCUGAUAAAACAGAAAAGUGAUAUUGUUUGGGACGUCACGAUACGCAAAGGUGAUUACAAACAGAACACUUCUGCAGCCGAUUUUACAGAUGGAGGCAAAGGAUCUUACAGCUCAAGUGGUGAAAGAUCUGUGCAUGAGAUCCUUCUGAAGUGUCUUGAUGAUCUGAAGUCAGAGGAUCUCAGACUAUUCACAUGGCAUUUGACUGAAGCCGAUCGUGAGUCCCAAAUCCCCAAAAGCAAACUGGAGAAUAAGAUGACGUGUGAUGUUGUGAGUUGUAUGAUUGAUCAAUAUCAAGAGGACGGUGCUGGAAGAGUCACUCUGAUGAUUUUGAAGAGGAUGAACCAAAACAAUCUUGCCAAAGAACUGCAGGAGGCGCUCGACUCGAUGUGAAAGGUCACUAUAAACUAUAAAACACACGUCUGUUUUACAGCACCUGAUGGACAAUAAUUGAUGGGAAUAUUACAACCUCGUGCUUCUGCUUUAUUUCUACAGAUGGAUAAAUCAGUCACCAACUGUUUGUUACAAUGUGUUUUCUUCAAAUCUGCUUUGAUGAACAAAACAUACACACCUGUCUUUAACACAUUUCAACAGAGCAUGCAUCUUAAAGGCUUAUUUUUAUAACCUCAUUAAACAUAAAUGUAAGAAAAUGAGUGAGGCUUCUGGUUAAAUCAACAAUCUAAUAAAUCAACAAAUCAUUCAUAAAACAAGAAAUAAGUACAUUAAAAUGCAGCAAUAAUACUAUUCUCACGUUCUCUUCACUGGUGUGAGGAUUUUUUAAACCGUUUUGUAUGUAGCCAAGAGACAAUAAAAGCUUUUUAAUGUAAAACGUCUUGGUUACGGAUGUAACCUCGGUUCCCUGAUGGAGGGAACGAGACGUUGUGUCAAUCCGACAGAUGGGGUUCGUCCUUGAGAACCAAUCGCUUCCGAUCAAGGAAAAUUAGCGAAUGAAAUUUGCAUGCCGGACUCCACCCCCGGAUAUCCGGGUAUAAAAGGGAGACGGCGUGCCUCAUUCAUUCACCUUAGUUCUGAGGAGCCUGAGACCUCUCACGACUGCCGCCGAGGAUGCCAUGUGCCCAGGAGCCUCUGAAUUUCAGGGGGGGCCGCUGGCUGCUUGAAAUAUUUCAGGCAGUUCAACACUGACUGAGCGCUUUCUGAGUCAGUCGCGCUGUAAUGGAGACAGAGUUGAGUUCCAUACCAAAAAAGAGGAUGCUCUGCACAGAGGAGAGCUUGCUCUUUUUCGAUUGACCUGUGGUCCCAGUCGAUCUAGGUGCCGAAGCACUAGGUCCCUGUGUGUACAUAACAGAUCUCGCGAGUGUGUCAAAUGAGCCAGUCGUCGACAUAGUUUAGUACCCGCACACCUCUCUCCCUGAGGGGAGUGAGGGCGGCUUCCACGAUCUACAUGAAGACUCGUGGGGACAGGGACAGACCGAAAGGGAGGACUCUGUACUAAUAUGCCUGACCCUCGAAAGCGAACCGUAGGAACGGUCGAUGACGAGGUAGAAUCGAGACAUGAGAGUAAGCGUCGUUCAGGUCGAUUGCCAUGAAUCCAUCUUGACAUCUGAUAGAUGCCAGGAUGCGCUUCUGCGUAAGCAUCCUGAACAGUAGCUUGAGUAGGUGCCUGUUCAGGGUACGCAGAUCUAGCGACCCCCGCUUUUUUGGGGACGAUGAAGUACGGGCUGUAAAACCCGUUGAACAUCUCGGCUAGAGGGACGAGCAUGAUUGCUUCCUCACCAGAGGGGUGGCGACCUCGGCCCGAAGCGCGGGAGCAUCUUUGCCUCUGACUGAGAGUUUAGUUGCCGAACAUCAUCGUGUAGAGGGUGAGAGCGGCUGUGAUAAUACCCAGACGAUGAAGUAGCACAACGCACCGUCGAUUGAGAGUGCUUAAGCUGCUGAUUAUCCUCGACAUUGGGUCUCGCCGUGACGCAACGUCGAGUUGCCGAACACCGUCAUGUAGAGGGUGAGAGCGGCUGUGAUAGACACCCAGAGAGAGAGAAAACUCUUAGAAGUGGGCUGUUGGGACGGGGCAGGAACCGUCCCGGAUCGACCAACCAGCGAUGGAAUGGCUGGGGUCAGGCCCGAAGGUAUUCUCGAUCUCCCUGGGGUCUUCCCAUGAGGGCCACUUCGGCUUCCGCCGUGGCUGCUGACGGGGUGGUGGUCUCCUCUUCGAUGUCUUCUUCCGGGGGGCCGCCUGAGUGGAGGACCAGGGCUGCUGGGAAGCAGAUGGUGCACGGGAUCUUGACAGCCAGAGGGCGGCCGAAUCGCAGCGGGGGAGGACAUCUUGAUAUCCUCUGUCUGCUUCUUUACUGUCGAGAACUGCGGCUCGACAGUAUCACCAAGCAGCCCCCCCUUGCGAGAUGGGUGCGUCGAGAAAGCGGACUUUCUCGGCGUUACUCAUCUGUGCAAGGUUCAGCCAGCGGUGUCUCUCCUGGACCACAAGUGUGGACAUCGCCCGACCCAGGGCCCGCGUGGUCACCUUGGUUGCCCGUAGAGCGAGGUCGGUGAUGGCGCGGAGUUCCUGCAUAAGCGCUGGGUCGGUCUUACCCUCGUGGAGCUCUCUCAACACCUUGGCCUGAUGGACCUGCAGGAUGGCCAUAGCGUGGAGAGAGGGGACAGCUUGGCCCGCAGCAGAGUAAGCUCUCGACACCCAAGAUGCCGAAGAACCUACAUGCUUUGGACGGGAGUCUAGGUCGAGCCACUGGGGGACAUCGACGUAUCCUCUAGCUGCCCCACCAUCGAGGGAAGAAAGGGUGAUGGAACUAGUUGAUGUGCACGCUCCGAAAGGGGACGUUCCAGGUCGUACUAAGGUACUCAUGCACUUCCGGAAAAACAUGGCACUGGGGGCGAGUGCGGCUUGGAGCCGCUCUCAAACCCGAGGUACCAUGUAUCCAGCCGCAAGCGUUGGGAGAGGCAAUGCGGGCCCUGAGGGAGGGAGCUCCGAGGAAUCGUCAGAGUCCGAUGCCAGUAAGUCACCCUCCGAUGCUGCAACGGACAUCUCAUCAUCAUGCACCAUUUCCGAUUACGUGGUUGAGGACCAAGACGGUGGGACCGUCUCCUGGGGAACGGUCAGACGAGCGAGACGAGGUGUGAACAGUCCACGAGCCAGUGGCUGACGGAUUAGCGCUCACAGUAAUCCUCAUAUCACCCUCGCUGCUCGCCGUAGCGGGCGGCAGGGCCGUAGUCCUGCCGUCACAGAACGGGAAGCAGACGAGGUGGUGGCUGAGUCCCGUGGGACGCCCAGGGGAAGUCGCCGCAGGAAGGGACAGUCCGCUGCACCACGUCGUAGAACCGGCAGUCUUGUAGUUGCUAUUUGUAGCGAAGUUUGUUGAUCAUGAGCGAAGGCUCCAAAGAACAAAAGGUGAAUGAAUGAGGCACGCCGUCUCUCUUUCAUACCCGGAUAUCCGGGGGCGGAGUCCGGCAUGCAAAUUUCAUUCGCCAAUUUCAUUGGCCUUUUCUAAUAAGUCGGAAGCGAUUGGUUCUCAGGAACGAACCCUAUCUGUCGGCUCGACACAACGUCGAGAGACCGACAGAAAGGGAACAUGUGAAGGUUUGCUGUUGCUUUUUCUUGGCGUCUUUUGCAACUGUUCUGUGUUCUUUGACCAUGACCAGAUGAAAAUGUAUUUCUCCUCCAAACGUCCAUCAAUUUCACAUUUGAAAAGUAAAAACUAUCGACGGUUCGGUCCGAAGUUAACUUCGGGUCUGUGUUUGUUUAUUUAUCAGUCUAGUGGCUACUACUAUGACAAAUUAUAUUUAUUUACAUUACACAUAUACUGUAUAUAAAUACAUAUAUAUAAAUAUAUAUAUAUAUAAAUAUAUAUUUUUGAUUUAUUACAAUGAAUAUAAACUAAAAUAUUAAAAUGAAAGAAUCACUCUACAGGGACAUUGUUGUUAUUGUUUCUUUGUGGAGGUCUACCAGAAGAUAAGUUUGGGCCGCAUAGCGGUUAUGUUGUUGCCGUCUAUAGACCGUUUCUUCGGACACGGGCGCACCUGACCCCCAGUUAAUUUCUGGUUUGUGUUUGGCUAAUGUCUAA